AUGCGGAUCGCCUGCAAGACCGCCGUGGACAUGACGGUGGAUUACCUGGAGGAGGUGGAGCAGCAUCGACCCUUUCCCACCGUGCAGCCGGGAUUUCUCGUGGCCCAGCUUCCAGCCAAUCCACCACGGGAGGGCGUUGAUAUGCAAACCAUCUUCGACGAUGUGCACCAACUGCUCCUACCCGGGGUGACUCACUGGAACCAUCCACACUUUCACGCGUACCUGGUGAUGGCGAAUUCCUAUCCAGCCGUUUGUGCUGACAUCAUUGGCAGUGGAAUUGGAGGGAUCGGCUUUACCUGGGUGCGUGCUUCGUCUUCCCCAUCUCACCCCGCCUUAUGCUCGUCCGGUUGGUGCACCAACACAACUCCACUCGACUCGUUUCGCUCUUAA